UACUCAAUGUUUGUACCAUCCCUAAUAGCCGGCAACAGUUUAUUUUGUUUUAGUCGCAAUGAAUUCGGUUGAGGAAAAUGAGAAUUAUAUGGUUAAACAAGCGCAAAAUGUACGCAAAACGGAUCCCAGCUCAGCCAAGGCAUGGAUUCUUACUGCAAAGACACUCUAUCCCAAUGCAUUUAACGUGCAGUACGAGGCAUAUCUGCUGGAGCGCGAUAGCAAAAACUACGAGGAGGCGGCCAAGUGUUUCAGCGUCAUUGCCACCAGCUUCACUAAUCAGCAUGCAGAGCUGUGGCAAGAGGUAAAUGCUUUAACCAAUGCGCUGCGCAACGAGAACGAGAAUACGCCAGAGCAGGACUUCUAUGUAAAGAUGUAUAAACAUUUAGCGCCCGAGGUGCAGCACAACAUCUUCGUGCACACCAUUAACAACAGCGGCGACAAUCUGCAGCAAUGCAUACACAGUUAUAUACUGAUGUUCAACAAGUUCCCCAAAACCGCAAUGUGGCAGGCGCCGCGUCUGCUCGAGAUGCUCGCCGAGGGCAUGAAGGCGGAUCCCGAUAUGUAUCAACGCAUGCUUGUGGAGGAGGUGCUCCCCAUGAUACAAAAUAAGCCACCAGAGUUAUCGCCACUGCUCGCCUGUCGUCUAUACACAAACUCCUUGGAGUAUUAUCUCCGUCAGAUUAUGGACGAUGAGAAAUGCGACACGACAGAAGCGUGGAAGAAUAUAUUCAAGGUCCUCAUGCUCUGUGGUCAAAUGAUGGGUUGGGAACCAUUCUUACCGUUUAGUAAGCAAAUCAAUCAGAAUGUCUACUGGGACAAAUUGGUGAAGAUUUUGCGUGGCAGUCCAGCAGGCAGCUCCCAAGUGUUGUUCUAUGCCACCACGCUGUUUAUCUACUCGUUGCAUGGUUACAUACGCAAGCUGCGCAUUGAGGAUGCCGAUGUCAAUCAUGUGCUCGUCGAGGGAUUCAUUGACUGGCGCGAUCCAUCAUCGGAGAGCGGAGAAGUACAGAGCAUGGAUUGCACUCCGGAUGGUGGCGAUGUUCAGAGCAUGGAGCCACCCAAAUUCUCUGCCACCACUCCCAUUAGUCAAGAGUUGUCGGAGGCUUUUCUUCAUGCUGCUCGUUGCUGGCAGCUGCUCAACACGGAGCAGUUUCAGCGUGACUUCAGCCAGCUGAUGUUGGCGCUGCCUUUGGCGCCAUGGAUCUCACGUUUUCUCUUCGAUUUAGCCAUUUAUUUUGGCCAUCGCGAUGAGGCCAACAAGCUGAUGGCUGAUAUGAAUACGCCCAGCACGCUGGUCCAGAGUCUGCAGAUAUUGAGUCUCAAUCUGAUGCAGGGCAGCAUGACAUAUCAAGGCUUCCAGUGCAUUCUCAAGAUACUAGCAGAGCUGCCAGCCACAAGUGGACAGCUGCUGGAGAACAUCAGCCUGAAGAGUCAUCGGCACAUGAUCUUCUUGCCGCUCACCAAGAUUGCACUCAUCCAGUAUUGCACGCGUGCAAUUGUCAGUCGACUGAGUCGCAUGCUCUUUGAGCCCAACUGUUCGGAUCGUUUGCUAGGCGAUCUGUUGGCGCUGCUGCAGCUCAGUACUGAUAAAGAUGUGGCGCUCAAGCAACACAUCUUCCAGCUGAUCACACAACGCAAAUCCUUCAAUCUGCACACGUUGUCCAAUUACAUUAUUGCCACGGACAUCAUCGAGGAGUUGGCAUUCAUUUGGAACUCGCAACAAGACGAUGCUAACUUUGAGUUAACUGGUUCACCGACAAGCGGCGGAGGCGCAGGCAGCUCUGCAGUCGCCGGAUCAGCGCAACCACGUCGCAUUGGCACUCGAGGUGCUGAUAAAGGAGCGAGGGAUGAGUUCAAGUCACUAAUCAGACAACAGAUUGCCAGAUGCAAUGAGAAUAUUCCAGCGUUGGUUGCCAAUUUCAUCACCCAGGAGCAUCUGACGCUGGCGCAACACAUCUUUGGCAUGGCGCCGCCAGUGGAAACCAUUGUCAUCAAGUGAGGCAAACAUCUAUCAUUUAAAUAAAGAUUAUCUAUUAAAAUGUGUGAAUGUGGCAUUCAGCAAAGAACUGAGCUUAAAUAAUGUAUUUUAUAAAUAUAGGAGAGCAGCUCAGCAAAGAAAGUCAAUAUAUCAUUGAUUUCAUUGUCUACAUAGAAUGUAUAUAUGUAUGGCUGUCUGAAGAUUCCUUUUGUGGGCAUAAUUAUUAGCAGUUAUUUUCUUGCAAUUGAAUAUUCUUGAUAUUCUAAGCAGCUAAUAAUUUUAUUUGCCA